GCAGGUGAGGAAACUGAUCCGAUCGAUGGCUUCCCAACACGACAGCCAACCCCUCUUUUUUGAAGGAUUUUGGCAGCAUGGCGACCUAAAGAUCGGCCAAUUCCGAAAGUGGCUUGACUUAUGCAUCAUCGUUGCUGAGAGCGACUGGGGUCUCUACCCGAUCGCAAUUGACAACACUGACCCUAGCGACAACGACAUCAUCUCCGACAUCGACAUCCUGGGCCAAGACCCCGAACAGGUGCUGCCCACGGGCCACUAUGUCAUUUUAAACAGAGAGACGCUCAGACACGUCGUAGCAAUUCAGACACCCCUCAAUUACUUUCGAAGAACGGCUUCCCACAGCGGAACAUCCUCGUACGGCAGAGGAUCUUCGUUCAAGAAUCGCGUGCGGGAGCGUGACGGGCGCUGUGUCAUCACCGGCAAUUUGGUGUCUGAUUUUAGCGAAAAUGUGUUCCGUGCCGUUCAUAUCUUUCCUAUCGCCCACCUCAAUAUCUGGCGUCAAUCGGGCUUCGAAAGUCUCGUCACCGACACAGGGCUACGCACGGGGGACGCAAAGAUUGACUCUGUUCAAAACGGGAUGCUUCUUCGCCCCGAUGUACAUGAUCUCUUCGAUCGCCAUCUUAUCUCCAUCAAUCCCGACAACGGUUACAUGGUUACCGACUUUACUAAACCGGGCGAAUUUCAUGGCGGCCGCAUGUACCAUGCGCGAGAGGACGGUGACAGUGAGCGUCCACUCGACGAGCUCUUCAGGUUCCACUUUCUCCAAGCUGUGCUGCGGAACGUGAGGAGCAUUGCCGACGACGAGCUCGAGGGGCCCGACAGUGACUCGGGCGAGGAAGUGGAUUGGCACGACGUACACUCAGUGCGUUUGGACAACCCAAAGCUCCACAAGACUGCCAAUGGCAAAGCCAGGCUCGAGACGGAGCUCGCCUCUAAGCUCAACCUCCUCGCGUUUCACCAAGGCACCAUUUGAUAGACGACAGCGACCUUCCAUUUUGUAUUCUUAAUAGUGUAGCGUUCCACAUUCGACACGGCUCGUAAUCCCAAAGCAGCGACCUUCAUCACUCUCGAUCUCAAAAUCAUAGCCACUACUAGAUGAACACAGAAGGAAUAUGGCACG